AGGUGGGCAGACAGCUGCAUUUGUGAAAGGUUGUGAACUUUGCUCGCGUAUCAUGGCGUGGGGUCACCAGGCUGAAUGAGACUCCGUGCUAAACUCAUACAAUGAGUGCACUUCUGGACGGCGCUAAUUCUGAAUACCUCGGGCUGCUGUGGGGCAGACAGCAUGGAGUUAACUUCACCAUCCAUCCAGCUUUGCAUUCCAGCUAUGAUGACAGCCUCAGGACACACGCCAUCGUUUUGAGAGCAAAGCGUGCUGUUCUGCUCCCCUAAACCAAAGUGCUUUCAGUCAGUGCUGGCUGAGAGGGAAUAAAGCGUUACAGACUUGGGAGAGCAAUCCGAAUAAUGGACCGUAGUCCUUUGGUAAUGCAAAUGGGCAGUGGACGUGAAGAAGCAAGCAUGGAAUUAGGUACCAUCGAUGGACGGAAUUCACAGGCUGCGGAUGCCAAGGGCGCUGUGUUUCCCGUGAAGAUCAAAGUGCCUGGCAUGGAUCCAUUUGAAGUGCAGGUCAGCCAGCAGACUUCCAUUCACAAGGUCAUGCAGGCUGUGAUUUCGCGCCAGGACUCUUGCUGUAGGACGUGCUUCUCUCUGCACUUUGGCGGCUCAAUCCUGGACCCCCAGUCGGAGCUGGGUGCUGUAGUGGGCCUCGGGCCAGGGGCUGAACUUAAACUGGUUGAAGAGCUGUACGCUUUACAGGACGCCCGAGCUCAUGUGGCCCAUCUAAUGCGACUCUUACGAAGUCAGGCGGCAGGUGAUCCUUACAGACAGCAAGCUUGUCAUUCCCUGAGCUUCCUGGAGGAGGUCCUGAAGGGACAUGGAUGUGAGCCUAAUUCCCCUCCGGUCAAUGGUAGCCGGAGUAAAUGGCCAGGCUCCCUCCCUGGAAGUGACCUUUCCGACUGCGUGGUUCCUGACUACGUAUUGCCUGGCUGCAAGGAGCGGCCUCUUCUGCCACUGCAGCCUCCGAGUGCAGAAUCCAAGGCUCCUCCAUGCCUGCUCAGCUUGAUUGUAAGCCAGUGGAGCCCACCUCCAGGAAACAGGAAGCUGCAUGGGGAUCUGCUGUACCUGACUGUGCGCACGAUUGAGGGCCGGAGCGUGGACAUCACGGCCUGUGCACGUGGCUUCUAUGUCAACCGGUCCAGCUUGGAUACCUUUGACCCCACCAUGGCAUCUCCUGGUCUACUCAGCCAUUCCCUUUCAGACCUGCUUUCUCAGCUCAGCCCAGCUUUCAGAAGGGGGUUUGCACUCAUCCAGAAAAGCAGGUUGCCAAAUCACAGCCUUGACAAGAUGGAAGUCCCCAAGCAGAUCUACAGCUGGACAUCUCCAAGGAUAGCCCACAGUGCAAACUGGGAGCCCUGCAGCCUUGGACUGGGCCUGGAAUUCCAUGGCUCGGAACAGAUCAGAGACUGGAAUGAGGAGUUCCAGACGGCUCAGGAGCUGCCCCAGACCACCCUGACGGCCCGACUGCUCAGAGAUCACUCCUUGUUCAAGGUCAACAGUGAUUUUGUGCUGGAAGCCACUCGUGGGGCAGUAGCAGCCGUCGAAGGGAGCAUCAUUCCAAUAAACCCAAGUGAAAAUCCCUGCCUGCAUGUCUUUCUGUGGAAAGGCAUCUUCUUGAGUUUGGCAUCAGAUGGUGCUGUAGGUCGUGCUGUACCGAGAUUGGACCUGGCAGGAAUUCAGGCCUACAGCGGCCUACUGGAAAUGGCAGACAGGCUUCACGCUCUGGCUACUUGCAUCAUUGACUACCGUGGUUAUCGUGUGGUAGCCCAAGCUCUGGCACCUGGUGUCCUGGAGCGUGGAGUAGAGAACCGUAUUUUGUAUGGCUGUGCCGAUUCCGGACAUGGCACAGCUGCCAGUAGGAAGUUUAUAGAAUUGCUGGGACAAGCGGCAAAACCACUUAGGAUACAGAAACAUGGUGUCCUGCUGUCAUCUGGAAAGCAAAUUAGCAUUUACUCUUCAGCUGACUGCAAGGGCAUUGUGGGCAACGACGGACGGUACUAUAUCUUAGAUCUCUAUCACACGUAUCCCCCAGACCUCAAUUUCCAGCCCCAGAAUCAAGAAAGGGAUGGCACCUCCACAGGUGGUCUUCAUGAGUUCCCUCAUCAAUUCUACCGUUUGCGCCCAGAGGUCAUUAAGAGUUUCGUCCAGCAAAAAUACACCCAGUUCAUGAGGAUUGUAAUGGAGAAGAUGCAGGACACAGCGGAUGAUGGGACAAAGUCCUCACUGGAGGCCGGUAUGUGUGCCAGCUCUUUCAAACCCGCUUUCCAUCACAUUGUCACUUCAUUUGUCCCCUCCUUUGUAGUCUCUGAUCUACCUUCUUGCCAGCCAUUAAUGGUGGUUUGUAUCCAACCAAGAAACAGGAUCUGGAUCAAGAGAGGAAAACAGCUCAUUCGAGGACAUGACUCUGAACCAAAGGGUGUGGAUGCAGUGAGGGUUGCCUGCAAAGAGGUGGGCUCAACUAGUGACAUCAUGUUUGAGAUCCGUUUUAACCCCGACAUCAACUCACCGGGUGUGCUCUUUCCAGACUCCGAAAAGGAGGCUCUACAGAAGCAGAUGGCUUUGCUGCGGCAGGCUGCGGACUUCCUGGUUUCUGAGCAGAUUCCAUCAUUUAUUACGGACUGCCUGCACCACCGCACUGUGCCUGUGGAUGGCAGCACUAUAACAGCAGCGCUGCACCAGCGAGGAAUUAACCUGCGCUACAUGGGAAGAAUUGCGCACCUCAUCAGCGAAUCAGAAAGCAAGGAGCGGCUGCAGCACAUCUAUCGGCUCCUCAUCUGUCAGAUGGUGACACGGUCAGCCAGACGAAUCUUCAACCUCUACCUGCAGGGUGUCAACGUAUCCAACCUUUCUGCUGCUGUCAGCCAUUUCCUCAAUUGUCUUCUGGGCUCACCUCCCAGUUCCCCCAACUCAGAGAGUGGAGAAAGCAGCGGAGCUCGCAAGAAGAAGGCACGGCGCAAAGGGCGCAGCACUGCAGGGAGUUUGGAUGCCACUGCCUGGACAACACUGACACCAUCUGAGCUCUGGGCUCAGCUUCUACAGGAUGCCAAAGAAACCUUCCACUUGACGACACACAUAGGUGAUCGAAUUGACCAGGUGGUACUGGAGACGGGCGUACAAAAGGUGUCUCUGCUGAGGGAACUCUGUCUGAAGUGUGGAAUCCAGCUCUUGUUACGAGAAUACAGCCUUGACAACCAGCAAACUCCACCGUUCAACCCAGAGGACAUUGUCAACAUCUUUCCUGUUGUGAAACAUCUUCAUUUUCCAACCAUUGAUGGGACCAAGAUGCUUUGCCGAGCUCAGGCUAGCCUGCAACAAGGUUGCCUAAAAACUGGUUAUCAGCAGCUACAGGAUGCCCUGGCCCUCUUCAACCGCGUCUAUGGAUUCUUGCAUCCUGACCCCUGUUUGUGCCUCCAAGGGCUGGCAAAAAUUGCUUACAUUGCUGGCAAAUACUCAGAGGCGGUGAUCAUGCAGAAGAAAGCUGUCAUCAUCAGUGAGCGAGCCUGGGGCUUCGAUCAUCACAACACUAUCAAUGAAUACGUCUACCUGGCCCUGUACUGCUAUGCAGAUGGAGCUGGAGCAGCAGCACUGCGACUGCUGGGCCGAGCACGGUACCUUCUGCUUCUUGUUCACGGAGAGGACCAUCCCUUCACUGCCAUCAUAGAUGCAAGUAACCCUAGAAGGAUUUUAUUUUUUUUUCUUUACCAGCUUGUCUUAGGAAACCAUGCUUACUGCCUUGCUGGAUAUUGUGAACAAAUACAGUGCUCACACUCAGAAUAUAGUCAGAUUCAUAGCAAACAAGCUGAGCACUGCUCAUGGCGGAGGAGCAAUAUUGGACUAGUAGUCCAGGGGACACAACAGACAGAGAUGGCCAUUCGCUUCCUGCAAAAUGCUCUUAUCAUCAACAAGAAAUUCCAUGGCUCAAAGACUCUGCUCACAGCCUUAAGUUACCACUUGCUUGCACAAGCCUGCUAUAAUAAGGGGGACUUUCGCAGUGCAGUAACCCAUGAACGUGAAGCAUACAACAUCUACCAGGAGCAGCUUGGAAAUGGCCAUGAGCGGACCAAGGCGAGUUCUGACUUUCUACACUUUGCCACCGAGCAGGCUGUUCUUCUGCAGCGGUCUUAUGACCAGAUCAACAGAAAUGGCUCCUGCAUCAACAUUCCUCCCGUACAGAUGGCAAUGCCCAUUACGGAAUCCAAACUGGAACAACUUGGAUUAAUCAAUGGCUUGCUUUAUGUCACAGAUAUCAAAACCAAACAGGCUCAUGUAAACCUACAAAAUGCAAAGGAAACUGAAUCAAUCUCAGACCUUCAUGAAGAAGUAAAGCAGAGUACUAGGGACAACAAGCCAGAUCAAGAAUUGCAGGUCAUUUGGACAGAUAAAGGAAUCACUGGUUCAGAACAUGGGCUUGAAGAAGUCAACAAGGGAGACGGAGAAAAUUUUAAACAGGACAAGUCUGAAAAGCAAGGCAAUUGUACAAGAGAUCAUGGGAGCUGUGUGCUUGAAAAGACAGAAAAGUGUAGUUGUGCUGAAAAUAGUAAAAGCAACCCUGAAAAACCGGGAGAGGUUGAGGAAGUAUGUAUAAGUAAGGAAAUUCUAGAUGAAAGUAGGAAAGUGGGAAAAUCCAGGCCUAUAGAUAUAGGCGAGGACAAAAAGAGAAACAUCAUAGCCUAUGAAUCCGAAAAUUUGGGAGAGGACAGGAGAGAAGAUUCAAUAGAUAGCUUCCCUAGGGAAACUCCAAACAGCAGUAAAAUGAAUCAAAAAGCGGAUGGAAUAAAAGAAAUUGAAAACAAUGUAAAACACAACCAUGACAAGACUAGACCAGGAGAGCAUGGAAUAGAUAAUGUAUUGAAUUCCAAAAUCUGUAAAACAGAAAGUACAGGAAUUAAAGUAGCACAUUACAACAGAAACAAAGCCCAGGGUGUAAAUGAAAAUUUGGAAGGUGCUGUCAAAAAGGAAUUGGGAACAUGUCAAAAUGCGAAGGUAGUGAUAGUUGCAGGACAUGCUAAAGAACAGCAGGACGUAGACAAGAGGAGGGCCAGGGAAGUAGAUUCCAAAGAUAUGUCUAAUGGAAAGGAAGAACAAGAUAAGGAUUCCUUUGAAGGCAAUGAAAUAAAAGAGCCAAGAGAAAAUGGUAGCACUGAUUCUGUAACAGUUUUAGCACUAGACAUACAAAACAGAGAAAAAAGAGAUCCCAAAAUGGAAAGCCCUGAAAGCGUCACAAGACGAGGAGGAAACCCUAACAAGGUAGGACCGGGAGUGGCUGGUCAGAAUGAGGGCAGACCUGAAGAGGUUCAAGUAAUUGAGGAUCAGAAUCCCAAAGAAGAUGUGUUGCAAACUACAAAAGGAGAGCAAGGAAGUGAUUUUAAGGAUCCUAGAGAGUUGGGUGGACCUUUUGAAAGAAAGGAGAAAUCAAAAAAUACUCUCAAAGAAGGUGGAUGGCAAGAAACAGGGCAAGACCGUGAUGGGCAUCUCCAUGAGGACGAACCAGAAGUGUCAAGUGAAAAUACACCAGUAAAUGCUAACACCGUUUUACCAGAAGAGUGUAGGAAAUAUGAUCCAGAGGUGAAGGGAUUAGAACAGACAAAAGAAAAUUGGAACGGUAGACUGGAAGUUAUGGAAGAAAAUGAUGCUAGCAGUGGUGUUCAAGAAAUAAAGGGAGAUGUUGAAAAAAACAAUUUCAAAGAGGGUGAAUCUAAAAGUGCAGCACAGUCUGGAAAUGUAGAACUGAUGCUGGAUGGACAGGGAGGGCGGACAGAAGUGGAGGACAGAAAUGUUAAGGAAGAGGAAUCAAAGGGAGUAAGCAGCAAGAAGACUGUUGACACUGAAAUGUGCAUUGAAGGCGUUGCCAAAGAGAGAAAUUUGAGAACAGAAUCCGUUGUAGACGACAUGUAUAGGAGUUGGCAGACCCCCCAAUGAAAAUUUAUUAGGGCAGAUGGAAUUGAAGGGAGUGAAACUAUAGAAUAAUGUGACAAAAGAAAAAUCAACAAACGUACGUGAGGAGCUACUCAGAAGAGUAACAACUUGAAAAAGAGGCAAUCGACCCACCAUCUUAUUUGAUGUUCAGAUUUGUGGUAGUAACAAAUGAGCACAAGCUCUGAUCCAGCCUUCCACUCUAAUCAGGAUGAAGCCCUGACACAACAAACGUUUUCUGUUAAGAAAGCACUGGCAUCACAGCAGCCUAGUUAGAAAGAGACGGAAACACCUUAAGAAAUGUCUUGAUCUUAUCAGUUAAGUUCACAUUUAACACUGUGCGGCUCAGCUGCUUUCCUUUAAAUUAAACCCAAUCCCUUGAAUACUUUUAAGCAAGGCUGCCCUGGCAAACAUCUUGAAGUAGAAACAAUGAUCAAAUCUUUUUGUAGCUUACUGCCAUCUAAGGUUUAAGUUUUCUAGUUUGCUGAUGGAAAGCCUGCUUGUGUUACUAGCAUUAGGAUUGUGACCUACACCAGUAGUAUGUAUACAAAUGUUUCUACCCUGACAAUACUAUUGUAUAUAUCUAAAUAGCUGGAAUGAAAUAAAGCUACCCAACAAACAACUGUUGUACCGUUUUCCUUCCCCCUGCCCCACAAUUUCACUAAACAGCUCUUCAGUGGACUUUCUCUUUUCUUAUAU